AUGGAAAAAUAUGAGCAUUUAAUUGGUGGUGUGCUGGGAGGUGUCACAAGUACCGUUGCUUGCCAUCCACUGGAUCUGCUUAGGAUACGAUAUUCCGCUAACGAAGGCAAUCACUUACGACCUCAGUAUCAUAGUUAUUGGCAUGCAGCGAAGCUCAUUGUCAGAGCCAGAGGUUACCGGGGUCUCUAUCAGGGCUUAUCACCGAAUCUGAUUGGUUCUGCUGGCUCAUGGGGACUUUAUUUUCAGUUGUUAGUG